AUGGGGGGUUUAAUGUUCCUUCACUUGAUGUUCCUGGCUGUGUUCUCAGACUUGCACUCCAAAUACUUAUCAUCGUAUCCACGGGGAACAUCUUGGGAUAGAGUGGGAAAACUGCAAAAGCCUGAAGUGUCUUCUACCCAGAUUUCAAAACCAGACAUUUUCAAGCUAGAAGAGAAUAAAAAAUCUGCACUUCUAGACGCCAAAAGUGGAGCUAAUUCUGGAGGAGAGAAGGAAUCUGACAAACGAGGAGAUCUCACACAAGGCAAACCAGGAAUGCUCAUUCUUCAAGGACAACCAGGGUAUUCCAACCAGCCAGGGAAACCAGUUAGUGGUUAUCAGCCAGGGAGGCCAGAAGACUUGAAUAAGCCUGAGACACCCAGUGCUUGGAUUUUGCAAGGGAAGCCAGCAGAAGAAAACCAAAAAGGAACUCUACAGGCUUCCAACAAGCAAGAAGAAUCAAGAUCGCCUAGUCAGCAAGGAAAGCCUGAAUCUCUUAGCCAAAAAGGGAAGCCAGCAUCAGCUAAGGACAAGAGCAAGCCAGAGGUGAAGCCAACAUUAGCUAGCAAUAAAGGCAAGCCUGGACAUUUAGAAUCCUCUAACCAACAAGGGAAACCAGGAUCCUCUAGCCAACAAAGAAAGCCAGAACCUUUUAACCCACAAAGGAAACCAAGGUCUUUGUAUAAACAAGAAGGGAAAAAUGUAGAUGACCUUUUGAAGGAUGAUACAAUGGGGAUUGAGGUUAGUAUUGAUGCCUGA